GUGCAAAAAUAUGCGAAAAUAAAAACAUACAACAGCGGGUAUUCGCUAGUGGUCACCCACCUAACUACUAAUCCGCCGGUACGUUGCUUAAAUAGGGCUGAGCGAACGGGAAGCCUUGUUGUCUCCUGGCCGCUCACCACAAAAGCCCUUAAUUUUACCGUUUCCGGUGUCGCCGCUGCUGAAAACAGAGCCCUAAGGACACAGAAUUUGCAUCUUAUUUGCACGCGCUGGUGGCGCGGAACCUGUCAGACCCGGCGGCGGCAUCUACCGGUCUGGCUAUUUAUAGCGAUCACUGAUCCCGAUCUCCGACCAUCACAUGCUACCUGGUCUUCCUGCAGCAAUUGGGAGAGGAAGGUUGGGGGCCGAACAAUACCUAUAUCUAGAGCACUGCCCUCUGUCAACCCAUCAAUCAUACCAGUCUGUUAUACCAACUGUUGAAGACAACUAAUAGAGCGGAACAUCACGAUACGCCCAGCUCUUAUUAUGCAAGUGCAUAUGCCCUCUAGCAGAAACAAUUUGAAAUGGAAACACAGGGGCAGGCAGAUCCCCGUUCCUCAUCUUCCCCAGGAGGUGUGGGACAACAUCACUACAUGGCUUCUUCCGUCGUCAGCCUUGAUAGCAGCUAAGAUUUUCAACUUCGAAUCCAAUGCUUACGACCAGGUAUGGACUGCUGUCUUCAAAAAUGAACGCUGGUUAGAGAGCCACUGUGCGCAAGACGCAAAGAUGGUAUUGAUUGGCACUGAUCUGGACAUCUUGAGCGGGCCUACGACAGAUAAAGCACAGCCUCGCCUUGUGCUCGCCACUUUUGAUGGCUGUGGUGAGCUCCAGUACAAAGACGAUCUCCUUUCCGCAAGCCUACGUGGAGGCAUCCCUAGCUCAGAAGGAUAUCAGCUUGAGCAGCUCACGCUUGCCGUAAGCAGGCUAGAUGUGCCUGAGGUUCUGGGGCAGGACUUUUGUUACUUAUUCUCUAGCAGGGAAGAAGACAUACAAACCAGGUAUUGUUACUGGAAAGACCCAGAGAAAAGGAUUAGAACUCUAUGUUCGCAGGACAUCCGUGGGAUCGACGGUCCAAUUACGCAGCUUCAAAACCUUCGACCCGUAUUUCUUCUAAACCUGGAUCCUCCUACAAAAAUCAUGUCAGAUAGUUCUGAACCUUCUAGCAGCGACCCUGUGCAAUUUAUAUUCAGAUGUUUUGGGGGCUCAAGCUUCUGGGCCGGGGACCCGCCACUUGUUGAUGUUAUACGUAGUGAGGGAUGGGAGCUAAGCCAGAGGGAAUGUACAUUCCAAGGCUUUACUUUUAGGGUUGGAAAGUAUAGGGAGUACGACCGCCAAUAUACAGACUGGACUAGCGUCGCGGAAAUGGAGUCUGGACAGAAGUGUACUGCGAUCACAACUUGGUAGAUAACAUCGAUUACAUAGCAUUGAUUGUCCUCUGUUUAUCAAGGAUGCAGCUAGAAUGUAGAGCAAAUGCUCAUGUAUUGUAAUUACAGCAAGACAACAAGAUUAUUGCUAUAGUGGUUUUGCUGAAGUCG